GAGCCUGGAGAGGAGGUUUGUGGUUGCCCUUCGAUUGCUGUUGUGCCCUUGUCUAAUACAGACACCAAGACAUCUGCAGCUCAACAACAUGCAGUUCAACCAGAAGAUGAUGAUGAUGAAGUUUGCUGUCAUUGCUGUUAUCAUGUCAGUGAUGAUCAUGGGGACAAAUCAAAAAACAAUCAAGCUUGAUGUAUCUGUUGAUUGCUGCACAUCCGUCUCCACCACAGAAAUCACAUCACCUAUAACAGGUUUCAAACUUCAAAAGCGAAAUCUUCCUUGUGUGAAUGCAGUCAUUUUCUACACAGAUGAGGGUAUGCAUUGCAGCCACUGGAAGGAGAGCUGGGUGAAGCAGAAGGUCCAGGAGCUUAAAAGACUUCAACUUAAGGAGACGGGCAUAAAGAUCAACAGCACUGUCUCUACACCUCUUGUGAAGAUGAACAGCACUAUUUCUACACUUCUGAUGAAAACUUCCUCUAAAGUAUAAAGCUAAAGUGUCUUUGAUUGUUCCAGAUAGGCAGUGCUUUAAAAAUGAUAACAUGGCCCAUUUUAAAAUAUGUUUAAAAAUGCUAUGCAUUAUUAUUAAUUAUAAUUUUUAAUGUGAUGUAGUUUAUUAUUGUAAAAAAAUGUCAGAACCUAAUGUAUUUAUUCAUCAACAUUCAAAUGGAUCUGCAAUAAUUGGAUGACUAAAGAAACGUCAUUUCAUAUGAACCACUCACAUGCCAUCUGUUCUGUAUCAGUUCCUCAUUUUAUCUGUAUCUGUAUUAGUAAUGCAUGUAAAGAUUUUUGAUUUUGCAGAACCUGUAAAAAUUGUGUUUUAAAUAAACAAAAUUAUCAUUGGAAA